UAGGUACGUCAACAUCCGGUGACGGGUUUGUUAUAGGAAGCAGUUAGUGUGCAGAUCCACGUGAAGGUUUAGGAAGUGUGUUUUUGGAUUAAGCUGUAUUUCUGUCAGUGAACAUGACCGAGUUGGACAGAGUUGUAAAGCCCAAAACAAAAAGAGCAAAAAGAUUUCUGCAGAACCGUGAACCAAAACUCAUUGAAAAUGUCAAGACGGCCAUGAUCGUCAAAGGUGGAAACACAAAUGAAACAGUGACUCAAGCUCUGAAAGAUAUUUAUGCUCUGAAGAAGCCGUAUGCAGUCAUGUACAAGAAGAAAAAUAUUACAAGACCUUUUGAAGAUCAAACAUCAUUGGAAUUCUUUUCAAAGAAGUCGGACUGCUCCUUGUUUCUGUUUGGCUCCCACAAUAAAAAAAGACCUAACAACUUGGUAUUUGGUAGCUUGUUUGAUUACCAUACCCUAGACAUGAUCGAGCUUGGCAUUGAGAAGUUUGUCUCUCUCCAUUCCAUUAAGAACAGCAAAUGUCCUGAAGGAACAAAACCCAUGCUAAUUUUUGCUGGAGAUGUAUUUGAAACAGAUGGUGAUUACAGAAGAUUGAAAAGCCUUUUUAUAGAUUUCUUCAGAGGCCCUACGGUUCCCAGUGUUCGUCUUGCUGGUCUGGAGCAUGUCAUUCACUUCACAGCAUUGGAUGGGAAAAUCUUCAUGCGAAGUUACAAGGUGCUACUGAAGAAGUCUGGAUGUAGAACACCAAGAAUCGAGUUAGAAGAAAUGGGUCCAUCUUUAGAUUUUGUGCUGAGAAGGACACACCUGGCAUCAGAUGACUUGUAUAAAAGAGCUCUCAAGCAGCCUAAAGCGUUGAAGCCCAAGAAGAAGAAGAAUAUUUCAAAAGAUACUUUUGGAACAACAUACGGCAGAAUUCACAUGCAGAAGCAGGACCUGAGCAAACUUAAAACCAGGAAAAUGAAAGGACUAAAAAGACGGAGAGGAGAAAAACAUUCAGAUGAAACACAGAAUUUUAGCCCUAAGAAGGCAAAGGUGGACUAAACAAACUAAAGUGGAUUUGUUGAACUUCAGAGACAAGUGCAAGGCAUUUAAGACAUCCAAUUGCUGUGUUGUAGUGGCUGAGAUGGCACCUAUGAGAUGGCUGGACGUUACAUCAUCAUAAAAUCCACUUGCAAAAAUUUUAACUUCAGAGGCUUAUUUUAAUAUUUAAAAAGGAGAAAUCUCAUAACUGUUUUGAGAUGGUGCUUUUUAUUUGGAUAGUAUUUCUUGUAUACCUCACUUGAGAAUUUAGUAAUUCCUCUGCAUGUAUAUUGCAUAAAAAUGUGGCUUCCUCAAUUUCAUUGUUGAGAGAUGAUUCCUGAAAUUAUAAUACCUGGCAUCAAAAUCUUAUCUUUAGUCAAAGAUAACAUAUUUCCAAUGUUUUUUAAUCGGGGACACUUAUGCGCUUACAAACACUGUAUGCAUGCCUAAUGGGAAGAGGUUGCUUUUUUUCACGUCAUCCAUCCUGGCAAAAUCCUAGUGCCAACAUUCAUGUUAAUGUAAUGUGUGAAACAAGUUAUGAUGGUGACUUGCACUGUACACAGUACUUUGUACAAUCUGCAGUGUUGUCAAAGAUUUCCUAUCAGACUUUUGUUUAUGUAACUCUGAUUUGGUGUGGUAAUUUAGUUUUCACUUGAAGCAAAUAGGCAACUUUGUGCUUGGAUCAGAA